AAGACUUUUCAAAGAUGGAAGUCGUACGUGAGUGUUAGAAAAAGGGUGUGCUUUCAUUCUUAUCUCUUGCAACAGUAGCGAGUGUGAGCAUUUCUUGUCAGAUUCAAGCAAGGGAACACAUUCAUCUCUCUGGAGAGUCUCUUUGAAAUAAUGGAUGACCACUUGUUUCUUUCUCGCCAAUUCUCAAUUCUCUCUCUGCAUAUUAGUUAAAUCAGGAAGAAGACAAAUUGUGAGUGUUAGAAAAAGGGUGGGCUUUCAUUUUUAUUUCUUGCAACAGUAGUGAACGUGAGCAUUCUAUAGCAUAUUCUCUAGUCAGAUUCAAGCAAGGGAGCACUUUCAUCUCUCUGGAGGAUGUAGGGAUGAAAGUUCCUGAAAGUUCUUAAAACAAAAGACAUGCCUUUAGGAAUUAUUACGAAAUUUUUUACUCUUGUUGCAAAAUAUGGUGUUGAUCCGAAGUAGCGAUGUCGAGACCGAGCGCGCGUCUGGUUCUUCGGGGCUUCAUGAGGAUGCCGCUCGAUCCCACGGUGGGCGCCAAAAUGUUUCGGUUGAAAUUGGCCGAGGGUCGGUCGUCCUUCCUUUCUCUGCUCUCUUUUGAUAUUCAAUUCUCUCCGAGAACGCGAUCCAAUCCAAUGGGUUGUUGACCUGCAGAAGACACUCCAACGCUCAAGUCAGAUAUGUUUCAUAAAGAGGUUUAAGAAAGUUGUAUAUGUUGGAAUAAAUUGAUGGAGUGUCUCUUUGGUUUUGCAUCUUCUGUUUCAAGAGAUUUAGUGUGUGGAGCAUUAAAUCAAUUACGUUAUCCUUGUUGCUCUAAAAAUUUCGUCAAAAGGCUUGAAGAAGAAGAGAGCAAUUUGAUUAUAACGAAAGAUAGUGUCCAAAAAUUUGUUACGCACAACAAGAAACAAGCGAGAAAGCCCAGUGAAAUUGUGGACAAGUGGCUGGAAGAUGCUAUCAAUGAUGUACACAAUGUCAAUCAGUUGCUGGAAGAGGCAAGAACACAAAAACAUUGUUGCUUUGGGCACUGCCCAAAUUGGAUUUGGCGAUAUCAUGUUGGAAAAAAGUUAGCAAACAAAACUAUGCACCUCGAAAAGUUCAUUAAAGAGGGCAGAGAAUAUGUGCCAUUUGACCGCAUCGCUACGCUUCCUUCAAACACCCUUGAUAUUCUUUCAGAAAAAUGCAUGAAUUUUGAGAGUAGACAAUCUGCUUAUGAGCAACUACUUGAUGCAGUGAAAAAUAAUGAUGUUUCCAUGAUUGGGUUGUAUGGGAUGGGAGGUUGUGGUAAAACCACAUUAGCAAUGGAGGUUAGGAAAUUAGUAGAAGCAGAGCAUCUUUUUGACAAAGUUCUUUUUGUACCUGUUUCUAGUACCGUGGAAGUUCAGAGGAUUCAAGAAAAAAUAGCAAGUUCACUGCCAUUUGAAUUUCCAGAAACCGAAGAAAUGCAGAGAGCCCAAAGAUUGUGCUCAAGAUUAACUCAAGAGAAAAAUAUUUUUAUAAUUCUCGAUGAUGUGUGGCACAACCUUGACUUUGGUCGUAUUGGGAUUCCUUCAUCUGAACACCAUAAAGGAUGCAAGAUUCUCAUUACCAGUAGAUCAGAAGCAGUUUGUACUUUAAUGGACUGUCAACGAAAGAUUUACUUGCCAAUUUUAACGGAUGAAGAAGCAUGGACUCUUUUCCAAAAUAAAGCACUUAUAACAGAAGCCACCUCUGAUACCUUAAAGGAUCUGGGAAGAUUAAUUUCCAAUGAAUGUAAAGGAUUGCCGGUUGCCAUUGCAGCUGUUGCUUGUAGUUUGAAGGGAAAAGCUGAGACGGUAUGGAGGGUUGCAUUGAAUAAAUUGAGACAUUCUAAGCCAAUAAAUAUUGAAAGAGGUUUGACUGAUCCCUACAAGUGCCUGCAGUUGAGCUAUGAUAAUUUGGAUGAUAAAGAAGCUAAAUCACUUUUCCUGUUGUGCUCUGUGUUUCCUGAAGAUUCUGAAAUUAUAGUUGAACGUUUAGUAAGAUGUGCAAUAGGAUUAGGUGUAGUUGGAGAAGUUGACUCAUAUGAAGAGGCAAGGAAUGAAGUGAUUGCAGCUAAAAUUAAGCUUGUUAGUUGUUGUUUAUUGUUGGAUGCAGAUGAUGAACGUGUCAAAAUGCAUGACAUAGUUCGUGAUGUGGCCCACAUAAUAGCAAAAGAUGAGAAUAAGAUGAUCAAGUGUGAAGUGGAGAAAGAUGUUAGAGUGGAACAAAAUUCAGUUAGAUAUCUAUGGUGUGUGAAAUUUCCAAAUGAUUUGGAUUGCUCCAAUCUUGAAUUUUUAUGCUUACGGACAAAGAUGAAAGAAUUUGAUGGGAUUUUCAAAAGAAUGGGAAUGCUCAAAGUUUUGAUUCUUGUCAACGAUGAGUAUGGAAGAACACCAUUGUUAACAAUAUCUUUCGAAACAUUAACAAAUCUUCGUUAUCUAUUCAUUCUGAAUUAUGAAUUGAGCGACUUCUCAUUUUUAGGCGGUAUGAAGAAUCUUCAAAGUCUCUCGUUAUAUAAUUGUUUACUGCCUUCAUUUCCUGAAUUACAAACGGAUGUUGCGAUUACACUAAAAUUGUUAGACUUAAAUGGAUGUAACAUUAAAGUGAAGAAUUUUGAAGUGAUUAAAAGAAUCCCGCUUUUGGAAGAGUUGUACAUCAUUGAAAUUGAAGGAGAAUGGGAUGCUAACAGUGUAGACAAUAUUGAAUUCUUUAAGACGUUUAGCAUUCCCGAAACACUGCAAAGGUAUGGAAUUGUAUUAGGACCUUUUGGUUUUGAGGAUUUUGAUGGUAGAGAUAUUUACAUUCAUGGCAGAACUUUAUUACUUAACCAUUUUGACAUAUCAAAUGAGGUAAUAAAGGGUUUGGCAAAAAGAGCAAAGGAUCUAUUCGUGGCAACUAUUCAUGGAGGUGCAAAAAAUAUCAUCCCUGAUAUAUUUCAACUUGAAGGAGGAGGUUUGGAUGAGUUGAAUAAGUUGAAGAUACGUGAUUCUGAAGAGUUAGAAUGUUUGAUUGACACUCAUAGUCACUCGAGUGAGGUGGUAACUCUCUUCUCCAAGUUGCAUACGCUUGGAAUUGAGAACAUGAGAAAUCUAAGAGUUAUAUGGCAUUGUUUUCUUCCUGCCAAUGGGCCUUUUGAGAAGUUAGAGAAGCUGUAUUUAAGUGAUUGUCCACGUCUGACAUCUCUCUUCACGUAUGUUGUUGCUCGAAGUUUGAUAAAAUUGAAAAUAUUAGAAAUAUCAAGAUGUGAUGAACUGAAGUAUAUAUUAGCAGAUGAUGACAAAACGGAGGAAGGUGAAGAUGAAUUCACCACAGGGCAUCCUGUACAAAUUUUCCAAAAUCUGCAGGAUGUACAGAUAAAUAGCUGUCGAGAAUUAAAACAUAUAUUCCCAGCCAACAUUGUUGGAGGGUUAGGUCAAUUGAAAGUGCUCAUGAUAGAAGAAUGUGACAAGCUAGAUCAAAUAAUUGGAGAUAUUGUUCCAUCAACAGACCGUGAUAAAGUAAUAGAGGAAGGAACUCUAUCCAGCCUUACAAGUCUUAUGAUAGAACGUUGUGGGAAGUUAGGCUCAAUUUUUACAGCAUCUAUAGCUAAGAACUUGACUUCUUUGGAAGAAUUGUACAUACGAAGGUGCAAAAGUUUGAAGGAUAUAGUAACUCACGAAAGGGUCAAUAAAAAUCAAGAGGAAAGCAUUGUUGAGGAUGAGCAUGAUGUUCAGAGUGAUAUUUCAAUCUUCCAAAGUUUGAAAAACCUACGUAUCAUUGAUUGUGUGUUAUUGGAGGGUAUAUUCCCUGUUUCUUUUGUUGGAGAAUUGAAUGAUAUAACAAAUAAAGAGGUUGCUGAUUUGAAAGACUUCUCUAGUCGAAAUAAUACUCAAAUUGAGCUUCCUGCUUUACAAGUACUUGAACUUCAUCAUAUUCUUGUUGGUAGUUAUGAUGUGAUAUGUCCAUCUUUAAGAACACUAUCAUUGGAUAUUGGGAGAUAUGUUGGGUUUUUCAACAUAAAUUGUUCAAGCGAUGCUUCAGAAGCUACAAAAAGGGAUUGUAUUGCAAUCAAGAUAUCGAACUCAGAUUUUGAUCCGCCGGUUGAAAGUGUUGAAUGUCUUUCAAAACAACCACAUGGUUUGAACUUGAUUAUGACACACAAUUUUAGAAAGAUUGAACUGAAAGGCUUUGAUAAGGCAAAGUACCUUUUUAAACUCUCCAUUGCUUCAUCAUUGACGAUGUUGGAAAUUUUGACAAUUAACGAAUGUGAAGGGCUUGAGUACAUUAUAGACACUGAUGAUGAAUAUGGCAAAGAGAAUAUGAAAGCUAUCUUUCCUAACUUAAAAAAGCUCUCAGUGUAUAACUGUUUCCGAUUGAAAUAUAUGUUUGGGCAAUAUGACGUAGCUAAUAAGGAUUAUAAGGAGAUUCAUAUUCAAUUCUCAGCAUUGGAAAUACUCACUCUUCGGAAUCUACCAAACUUUGUUAGCAUUUGUUCUACCCAUAUUCUGACUGUGACGUGGCCAUCUUUGAAGGACUUUCAGUGUUACAGAUGUUUGUCUCCAUUUUAUGGUUCAAGAGAGCCUAUUAUCACAAGUACGAAGGAUCCGAAAGGGAUUCAGAACCAUCUCCUCACUUUGCAAACUCUACACAUAACGCUUUCUGAUGCAGAACGUAUUUUUUGUCUUAAUGAACAUGAAAUUGAAUUGGCCAACAAUUCACUUACUCUCCAACAUCUUACCACAUUAGAAAUAUGGCAUUGUGGAAAGUUGGAAGUAAUCUUUCCAAAGUCUGUGGUAAGAUGCUUACCAAAGUUGAAGCUUUUGACGAUUAAAGAAUGCAAAGAAUUAAGACAAAUCAUUGAAGAGGGUGUGGAGGAUAAAAAAUUGUCUAACCUUGUUUCUCCUCAACCAUGCUUCCCAAAACUAGAAGCAUUGCAUGUUGGUCAUUGUCACAAGUUGAAAAGAUUAUUCUCUGGAGCCAAUGACCUUCCCAAUCUUCAUCUUCUGGCCAUAAAUGGAGCCAAUGAACUAGAAGAGCUUGUUGGAUGUAAACAAGGAAAGAUUAAAGUUGAGCUUCCAAGACUCAAACUUUUAAUAUUUACGCAUAUGGAAAACUUCAGUCAAGAGAUUGAAUUGCAUAAUGUAAAGAAUUGCAUUGUCUACAAAUGUCCAAAACUCUCUUUGACUUCAACAACUACAUUUACGAAGCUCAUUUAUGAUUUUCCUCGCAAAGAUUUCGUAAACACUGAAGUUCGUAGUUGGGAAUUUGAAUUCAUAGUAAAAUCUAUAUACCGUUAUUCAACUAUUAAUGAUAGCAGUGAGUUCACUUCAUCACAGAAGAUUGAGGACGUAGGAAAUGAGAGCAUUAAAUCUUCAUCCACUGGAGUUGAAGGCAAGCCAGGAAUAGUGGCAAGCCAAGGAAUCCAAGUACAAGAAGGGUUGAACCUUUUGCAUAAACAAGAGGGAAUAUAUGUUGCUCCUAACAACAACAAUGACAUUUCUUCAGCUUCUGCAGAUAUCCGUACAAGAUUGGGAGCAUAUAAACAUUUUGUUGAUCUGGAUGAUGCACAGAUUUCUCUUCUGGUGGAGGCAAUAACAGCAUAUCCUCAUCUCUGGAAUGAUUCCAAGAUGUUUAGUGAGCGUUUUCAAGCUUUGAGGUUCAAAAUUUUGGCAGAUAUGUUGUCUUUCGUUCAGAAGGAAAGUGGCGAUAAUGUUAUUCCUCACAGAGAAAAAAGGUUCCAUAAACUAUGUGAAGAAGCUACUCAAAUUGGAUUUGAGAUUACAUGGGAAGAGAAAAUGCGUGAACGUGUUGUGGCGAGGGAUCCUAAGCUGGAAGAGGACAUUGCUAAGAGACAAAUAAAUGAGAAUUCUAAGAGUUUGUUACACAGGUGUAGUAGUUGGGACAUGGUACGAGAUUCCCAGGAUGCUGAACAAGGUAAUGGGCCUAAGAUUCGCUUGGAAGAAGGUUCUGACUUGGUUGAUAAAGAAGGUGAAAUAGGUGUUGUUGCUAAUGACCACAUUUUGGCUCCGAGAAAUGAAGAACCAGAGCAGGAAUUUGUUGCAGAAGCUUCCACUUCAGAAAUACCAAGAAUAGCAACAUCAUUAACAAACUCGCAAACAGUUGAAAAGCCAACACCUUCAAAUCCAUUGGUGGACACACAGCACACUAGUGAACCGUGUUUGAUGGAGCAGAAAAAACCACUUGGUGAAAUUCCAAAGAGUAUUGAGCAAGUUGCCGUAGAGGAAACCAUAGCAAAGAACACCAAUAUGGCAGCUUCAUCAAUUUUUUCCGAAUCCGCGACCUCUAAGUUGGAUCCAACAGUUACUUUACUAAGUAAAUCACAUCCACAUCAUGGUGAAACUAACAGCACCCAAACUGAGGCACGCAUUGCUAAAGAAAGUGAAGGCCAUCCUAAAAUCAUUCAAGACUUUGGGGCCAAUGAUAUCACGAGUUUAUUUGCACCAGUUGUUGUUGGGAAAAAGGGUGAAGAUAAGCUAGUUGGAAAGACCCUUGCUGAGUUAGAAAAGUAUCUGAAGAUGUCUUUGAAGGAUAUAGUUAGCUCUGAGACUAACAGCCUUUGCCUUUUGUCUGCUCUUAAUUUCCUUUCCAACCUUCCUUUCAAAGAUGUGAAUGUAUCAGAUGGACUCAAACAUAUUAUAGACACUAUGCACCGACACUUGCCAAGCAUUCUAUUCUCCUUUAAGCAAGGCUUUGCCACCACUGACAAGUUGGCAGAACUUGAAGCUCGUGCGAAUGAGGUGACCAUUAAAAAGAAGUUCUAUGAUGAAGUUCAACGGAAGGAAGUAGUUUUGCAGCAACAAAUCAUUAGGUUGAAGGAAGAAAUAAGAGUUUGUGAGGUUGCCUUAUCAUCUCUGGAGGAGGAAAAAAACAAAUGCAUUGCGGAAACUGUAGAAUACAAAACGGAGCUUGAAAAUGCGAGGAAAGACGAAUCUCAAAUGUUGGAGGUGGCUCAUAAAUGGUCAGUUCUGUGUAGUGAAUAUGAGCUCAAUCGCAUGGCUGCUACAAAUCGCUCGUGAGGGUUUUCGUUGUUCAUUAUUAUUAAGGUUAAUGUCUUAUGCUUUUUCUAGUGGUUUAUGCUUCAAUAAGGUAGCUUGGUCCUAAAUUAACUUAAUGUGCACCCAACCCAUCAGCCAGUACCACUCAUCAUAUAGUUUCGGUUUACUUUCCAAAUUUCGAUUGUUCUAUUUUGUUGUAUGUUUGGUAUCUUAUUUGUGUGUAAGAGGUUGUUCUUCGUGAAACAGACAAAACAAGUGUUGUGAUAAAUGAAAAAACUAUUUGUUCUUUUAUGUAA